AUGAAAACAUGCUUACACGAUGACCUGAAGAAGGACACCGUAUGGCAAGCAGACGGUACUGAACUGAUUAUAGAAUCGACGUAUUAUAGCGAUAGAACCGUAGUAAAAUUAAUGACACAAUGGCGUUCCAAAUUCGCUUACCACCUAAGAUUUGAUCCCUUGUUCGUUCUUCGCACCCACAGCCAAGCAAAACACACAAACGCCAUAGCCUUUUUUUCUUGUUUCAAGCCCGUGAUUUUACGUUGGAACAAAAUAUGUUGA